AGGUCAUGUCUUAGGAAAAAAUCUAAACCGUGGAAUCCUUCUUGAGUUAGAGUUUAAAAGUUUUCCGAAAAAUUGAAAUUCUUGAUAUUGACCUGAGUGUGUUGGCUACAACGGGCGGCUGUAGUGAGCCCACGUUCUUCAGGAUCGGAAGCUUUGUGAUGGCAACAGUUGUACUAGCCAUCUGUUUUACUAAGAACAAGACGUGUGUUUUUUCAGCUAUCGCUUUCAGAAGUUUUCUGUAAAAUUAUUAACGAGCGAAAUUGUAAAAUACUUGUACUUGUUCACUUAAGACGCAUCAAACGCUGGUCUUUAGAUUUGGCAUUGUGCAGGAUGUAGCCGGCGCUUGUACUAUCCUUCCCGCCAGCUGCAAUGGACAGUGCCGGCGAUACGUUCCUCCCAUUUUUAUUGUAUGACACCAGUGCUCCCUCGGGCUAAACAAGAAUGACAAUGGAUAUGCGAAUGUUGCUGCAGAGGCUGAACCUGGAGUUGGACUGCCCGGAAGACCUGCAGAAGAGCAGUGGAUACGAUGCGGUUGAAAGCGACGAAUUGGCGGAGCGUUUCGACUAUGCAUUCCAAAAGUUGUGCUUGUGUCUUUGCCCUCGUUCUCGUACAACUAAUUGCGAGCAUGCAACAAGACAGAUCAAGUUCUCUCUCUCUCUCUACCUCCUCUGGCAUGAAAAACUGCAUUUCUCUUGCUUGUUCUUAAGAACAUUGUUUAUAAAGCAGGCAUAAUACAUAUUUGGAAAUUGAAUUUGCACGUAGUGGUGGUGUCGCGGCGAUACUUUAAUUGCAACGCAUAGUCCCGUUUCGCCCUUCCGCUUGCGCACGCUGUUCAGGGAGGUAGACGCGAAUGAUGACGGUCACUUGACGAAGGCGGAAUUCUCGAAAAUCCUGGCAGUGCUGAGGAUCCGCUUCCGCCGGGAUCAGCCCGAAAAUGUGAUUACCGACGUCCCGAAUGAGUUGUGGACACAAUUAGUGGAGCCUUUGCUAGUACUGUUUCCCGGUGCACCAGCUGAAGCUGAAAAAGGUCAAGAUGCAGCAGGAUCAUACGGAGCGAGGCAGCCGCAUCAACGGGAAGACUCCUGCGGCGGUUCCUCGUUAUUGACAAGGACAGCAACGACGGUCGUAACUCACCCUGCGUCAGGGUUUCACUUCCAAGCCUUCCAGCGUGUCGUGCGCUUGCUGUUUCUGGAAGUCCUUCUGCAUGACGACCUGAUCGGAGACUUUCAGUUCUUAUCAAACAAAAAAACUGGUAUGCGUGUAGUAGCUCUUACUUUGUUGGAGUGGCAAAGCCAACAAACCUCCUGUGCAUCUUCACGUUGUUCACGACACUAAAUGAAACGACUUGUUAUGGUGCAUCUGAACCGCUAGCCCUAGCACAUGAAGAAAGAAUCACUCCAGGUGAAGAUGAAGGAAACGCGAUACCAGGAUGUCUAUCUACGAGGGCAGGCGUAGACACUCUUCUUGCAUGUUCUGGAUAAAUGCAGAACAGCUUUUUUCUGUGAUAGUUUUCGGCGAUCGACUACAACGCGGAAACAAUACAUAGGCGCCGUGUUCUUGACUCUCGUCUUGUGGUUGAGGGCAAUCCCGAUCAUUUAACAGAAGGCAUGAUGAAAGACAAGAAGACGACGAAGGACCAAGAAGACGGCGACGAAGGACGCAAGAACUGCAACUACAACAGCGCACUGAAGAGAAGUACGCGAGGAGCGGCUCCCCCUCCUCCGAAAUUUUUUUCAAGAAAACCUCCGUCAUUUUUCCAGCCGGGUGAAUAUGUAUAUGGUGAAGAUCCGGCGAUCAGAACGACUAGCAUGAUCAACAGUGAUAUGCGUUUGAGACCAGCGACGCCGCGGAUAACCGCUACUGGAGCAAGUAGCAAGAGUAAAGGCUCCAACUAUAAUUUGAUUCAGCAGCGCUUCAGCUGUGAGACCAUGCGUGACUUCUUGUUGGGCCCACGCGAUUCGGACACCAAGGUUCGGUGGAUAUCUCUGUCGCACGCGGGAACGGAUCCGGGGUGUCGCCUCGCAAUGCUGCGACUGGCGGUGAAGUACAAUCUUCACCCGUUGGCGGUCGAAUGCGCCCUGUCCCUCCACGAGGAACCCGUGACUGGGCGAGUGAUCAAGUAUGGUCACAAGCUCCACGAUCUCGCAGCUGCCACAAGGAAACCGGGGUUGAAGAAGACCAACGCCGCAUCUUCCCCGCAGCUGCAUAAACAACAAGGGCAGGAGCAGGCACCGACGACUUCCUCCUGUUUAUGCACUGCCACGCCCGUGAUCCCGUCAUCUUUAAAAAUGUCUCAGAAAUGGCCUCGGGAAUGUAAGGCGGAGGCAAUUCCCACAACGCCGGCGCCCCUCAUUGUGGUUGCAGGGAAGAGGGGCACACAAGGCGCCGAGCCGGGCCAUCGCGAAGCAGCUUCCUCGAGACGCGGCGCCCGCUGCCGUAUUUGGCGCAUUUUUGUGGCGCGCAAUGCGGGCCGCGGCUGGCGUUGACGUUCGGGCGCCGCCCGUUUGCCCCUUAUCCCUUUGCCGGCCUCCCCUUGCAUAUAUGGACGCGAAGUGCCGCAGCGCCACACUUGUGCCGGGCCUAUCUGUGCCCGCUUUCGUUUUGUCGCAGGCGCGCCGGCGUCUUGUCCGCAGCCCGGUUCGAAGCAUUGCAGGCGCCCCGUCUGCCCCUGCAUUUCCGUCGCCCCGGCGGUUCAGUGCCUGCUCUGACAGGUUGCCUGGGACCUUCAGUGGGGCUGCCUCUGUAAGAAGGCAGUGCGUUGGCCUUGCCGCUGUUCCUUUCUUUGUUUCUGUGGCAGCCAGGCACGGGCCCGGCCUUGCUUUCUGCGCGGCGGACUGCUAUUCUGGCCCUCCUCCCUUGUGGGCGGCAGGCACGGCCGGCCUCACCCGGGAGGGCAACCAACUGCCGGCCUCCCAUUGGUUGGCCGCCUGCCGGCGCCGCUUGGCCACAGCCGGGCGCUUCGUCAGCCCAUUGUCGUGGCGCAUUGCUUUCGCACGCGCAGGCGCGCCCCUUGGCGCGGGGGGGAUUUUGCCCUGCUUCUCUAGAUCACAGGGCCACCGUGUCACGCGCGUGACACGGGCGGACCCGGCUUCGUUUUUUCUCGUCUCUUGCUGGUCUUGGGUGGUUUGGUGGCAAGCAGUAUUGCUUCAGUCAGUUUCCCUCCGCUUCUACCGCCAAAGCCCAGGGCGCUGCCACGUGUGUGUGUCUAUGAUUUGCAUCCAAGGCAGUCUUGGAUCUGGGGUGAAGGCCUGCCUCAGCCCGCGAGCCCUUCCUGGCUUCUGCCAGCCGGACCGGCCGCCGGCCGACAGUCAGCCAGGCAGGCGCCCCCGCGCGGGCCGUGUUGGCCUUGCUUGGAUGCAAGUGCCGGCGAAGGCGUUGCAGCGGCUUCUAGGCAAAGCCGAACCGUAUGAAGCUAAUGGGGCUGUUGAACUCACUGGCGCAGCCACUGGCGCCAUGUGUGGCGCCGCUCCUCUCCCUCGGCACGACUUAGGCGCCCCCUUCACCAAUGAGAGCGGCGGCCAGCAGCCGGCUGAAGCAGCAGCCGCCGGAGUUCGCGAGCGCGGCCCCCAGACCCAGAGUCCGACGAUGAUGAGCGUUGAGGAGCUUCAGCGCCCCGAUUACAGCUGGCCCUUUGUAGAUAUUGCGUAGAGCAAAACUCUAUUUGGCUUGUGGAGGCCACACGUUGUAAGCUAUUUGGCUUGUGGAGGCCACAUGUUGUGAAUCAGUCAGAAUCAGAAACGUCGCGAAUGAGAAUCAGAAUCAUGGUGAAUGUGAAUCGGGCUACGGUAGUAAAAAGACCGCGAAUGAAGCGAAAAAAAUUGAAAGGACCGGGCCAAGAAAGUAGGCAAAAAAAAAGGCCAAAGCGAAGCCACACGCGCUGCCGGGUGCCGCAUUUCUGUAAAGGGAGGAAAAACGGCGAGGCCUUCGCAUUUUUUUCUUUGGGGAAAAAACCUGAGAGCGUUUGCAUUUUUUUCCUUCAGGGAAAAACCUAAAAAAGUUCGCGCGAUUUUCUUUUACAAAAAAACCAAAAAAGCUGCGCGCGAUUUUCUAUUACAAAAAAACCAAAAAAGUUGCGCGCGAUUUUCUUUUACAAAAAAACCCAAAAAAGUUGCGCGGGAUUCCCCCCUCGAAAAAAACCAAAACCGAAGACGGGCCAUUUUCCCUGCCUUUCCCCGAUGGUAUGAGGCCGAUCAGGCCGGCGAUUUUUCACAUUUCUGGCCUUUAGAAAAUCGCGCGCAGCUUUUUGGGUUUUUUUGUAAUAGAAAAUCGCGCGCAACUUUUUUGGUUUUUUUGUAAUAGAAAAUCGCGCGCAGCUUUAUUGGUUUUUUUCUAAAAGAAAAUCGCGCGAACUUUUUUAGGUUUUUCCCUGAAGGAAAAAAAUGCAAACGCUUUCAGGUUUUUUCCUGAAGGAGAAAAAUGCAAAAGCCGCGACGACAUUUUUUCCCCAAUAGCAGAAAUGGCGCCACGAUUUUCCGCGUUUCGGCUUUUUCUGGUGUUGCUUUUUCGCGGGUUUCGCAGUGCCCUUGCUGGUUUUUUUUCAGCUUUUCAGGAUGCCCCUCAUUCGUCUCAUAUAUUCGGCAAGAAUUGCCGUACGGAUCAAGUUCAUAACGAUCGCCACAGCCACCCGAGAGUGAGGGAAUCGAUGGCAAAUCCGUCCGAGAUUGAUUCGAUCGAUCUCGGGCGCGGGCCGUUGCGCCGUGGCGAACGAGUCAGAUCCUGUGAAAAAGGUGCCUUUGCGUGAAGGCUGCAAAGGGUCAAAAUUUUCGCGAAACUGCGAAGGAGAUCCGCGGCGCGGCAGUAUUGCCGUCCUUUCCGGUGUUAUGUUGCAAGGCCGCGGCAUUUCCAAAGCAGUUGCGGAGUGAUCUACAGAGCAGGCCCAGAGCGCCCCUCGCGCGUCUCAUAUCUCGGAUGGAUGUUCUGCAGAGCACGCCCAGGCCGAUUGCUAAGACUGGGCACGUGAAUACUGUCGGUCGGUCCGACGGAGGGGGGCCGGAAUGGUUGGCCGGCGCUUCGGGCAGUUCUUCGGGAUUUGGGCGCGGCCAGUGAGCACGCAGCGAACGAAGGGGCGAAGAACUGUGGCGGGCGGAGAGUCCGGCGCAAGAUUGUGCAGGUUUUUGCGGGUAAAGAGCAGGGCUGUGGAAGCCCGGCCGGCCCGGCCGCCGGGCUCAGGAUGUAGAAGCUUCGCGCGCCGCAGCUGUCGCGUGCGACCUUGGCCGGCGACACCUACCGCACUGCGUUGAUGGUAGGCGGCCCGGUGUGUGCCUUUGCAGGGGCAGGCCGCUGGCCCGGCGCGCUAGCUACCUAGCUGGGCACCCGGGGCAAGGCCGCCGAUUGGGGGAUGUGGGGAGGGUUGGGCCCGGUUUUUCUUUCUUCAGGGAAAUCGUAUGGGGGGGAAGAAGCCAGGGCCCCUCUCGGUUUUCCCCAAGGCGACCUGCUUGGCGUGUUUCUUACAAGCGCACAAGCAAAGGCGCGUCGGCGCGCUGGUUUGUAUGUUCGCAGAAAGAAAUUAGGAAACACGGCCCGCGCAACAGACGCAGGCCGCGGCGCGUGCUCGGACGGGCGGGCCGCACUGUGUGGGCCGCGCGCUCGCAUGCGCGCCCUGUCAGCCGGCCACCAGCCGUCGCACGGAUUGCCAGCCGGCCACCAGCUUUCUUUGCGCGCUGGGCGACCACCUUUGUCCUAACCAGCGCGCAACACCCUCCGAGGGGCGCUCCCCGUUUUUCCGAACCGUGGCGCCAUCGUGUCACGCGUGUGACGCGAGCGGCAUGCGCUUCAGUUUCGCAGCGUGGUGGCGUAGGGCGCGCGCCCCGGGGGUUCGCCGGGUCUGUGGUUUUGGGUCUAUAUCUAUUGCCCGCGCCCAAUCUUCGCGCCGGCCGGCGGUCCGCCCAUGUAGGUUGUCCAGGACGGCGCAGAUAAUUCCCGUGGCCCGUCAUUCCGUUGCUAUGGCGUGCUCAUCGUGUCGCGCGUCAGUGAUGUGCGACGUAUAAAAGCGACCAAGGCGAUGACUCCGAUGCGCGGCGAUAUAUGCAAAGUCGGGACAUUUCUGAGCAGAUUCCUGGAGCAUUCCUGAGGCAUUUCCAGACCCCCUCUGAUCACGGGCGGUCCGUGAGUAACCUGCUCGCGGUCAUGCGCCACCAGUGGCGGAGACCCCGGCCCCCUCAGUGUUGGCACGACAACAGCACCGACGCCAGCCCCAGCCUUUGACGAAGAGACCCAGGGCGAGCACUGGUUCGUAAAUGUGCCACUGUUUCGACUUUCGCGCCGGUCGGAGGCGGGGCUGCAGGAAGAGCAACAGACCACCGAUCUGGAUGAGGUUGUGAACCGGCGGUGCUCCGCGAGAGGACGCCAAUCGAAAAGCAGCAUAACAAAAUGGAGUGGAGGUAAACGUAAGCAGGCUCGUACCAGCAGAACUAGGGUUCUGAGCGCCACGUCUCGGAGCACGAGCGCUUCCGACACGGACAAUUGUGCGUCUUCUGACAGCUGCGACAGCCACGAUGAAGAAGGUCGCGCAGCAUAUUGCUAUCAUGGAGAUGAAGAGCAAGAGGUGCAGCUGCGCCAACAUUAUCCUAGGAAACUGAGGGGAAAAGCAGAAGCACAAGUACAUCAACCACGGCGCUUUGUCAAUGGCGAUCCACCCCCGGGUCGAAGUUUCGUCGGUUAUGGGAACGCUUUCGAUUUUUACCGAAAAGGAAAAUGUAAAUGUGGAUCAGACGAAUUCGAGUCUGGACUCGGACGACACGCAGGCGCAGUACGCACGGCGCGGAGAGGGGCGCCCGCUGAAAAAGAGGGAUCCUGUUCUUGGAGUAGGCUUUUCUUGUCCUGUUGUCGUCGCUGGAAAGAUCAAAGUAAUAGCCACAACCAGUUGCGCCAUCAGCAAGCCCGCUAUACGAAUUGCGGACAUAUAGUUCCGGAUGAUUACCCUUUGCAGAUCGAGGUGGAAAGAUCCAACCUGGGGCUGUUUAUCGCUGGCAAACCAGACUUCGAUACCUUGCUCACGGUUACCACGGAUUGGCAACGAACACGCAUCCGACCUACAUCUACUUUCCUGCAGGCUGCAGGAAGCGUAGAGGGGAGUAGACUGUCACAUGGAAGACCGCAUAAGCGUCUAACUGCCAGGAGCCGAGCAAGGAGUGUAACGCAGUGGCGGUGGCAGAGAGGUGCAGGAGAUACAGAGCCACAUCGCGGCCAGCGCAAACAUCAAGGAAGACUCUCCCCGCAGAACUCAGUUGGCGAGUCUUUUUACUUCACUUCGCCACUUCUGGCGAACGAAACAUACUACGAUCACGUGAUUGGUAAGAAACGGCAGGAGAACAACUGCAAUAAGAAUAAACGGCAGCAGAGCAACUGCACGUCAGGAAAAAAACCGACCCUUCUCUCAUCUGCAGAUGACGACGUGAAGGCCUACGAAGCUCCAAAAAGGAACAGGAGGGGCCCUGUUGUUCCGCCAGAAUGCAAGAAUAAUAUGUACUACCACGCUGUCCCUGUCGCGCAGUCGCAGUAUAAUUUCCGUCCUACCCCCCCUUCCUCGCUGAGGUCGCCCGACCAAGGGCGGUAUGCUGAAGAUCGGUCUGCACCAUUUUCCAACAAUCGCGAAUCUGAUUUGGCAAGACUGGAAGGAAUCGGCGACCCCUUUUCCCGCGUGUCCCUCAAUCUGCUCAAGCCGUACUCGAUGGUGCGGCAAGGAAAUGUGAGCUGGCUGAUCUACUCUAUCCUGGAUUCUUGCGUCGAUAUGCUGAUACCAAUUGGUGAGGCCUUUGAGACGCAACUGGAGGUGACCUCCUUGCGGCUGUGCGCACUGGAGAAUCGACUCCCAAUCGUCGAGGUAAAGCGCCUGUUGUUGCUGCAGCGGCACUUAGACUGGUUUCAGAGUGAGCUGCGUCCCCUCAGUCGCGUGCUGCAGCAACUGAUUCGGGAGGAGCAAGAGGGCGUAGCGGGAUCGGAUGGCGAGCUGCGGCGGUAUUUGGAGGACGUAGACGACCACCUGGCCGGAUUUCUCAUGCAACUGGCGGCCCAGAGCCGCCUGUGCACUAGUCUCAAACAGGAACACGAGACGUACCGAGAGAACAAGGAAAACUCCGUGCUUUUUUUGCUCACCCUGGUCACGGUAGCGUGUCUGCCGAUGCAGGCCUGGGCCGACUACUUUGGAAUGAACUUUCAGAAUGCUGAAGGGAAGCAAGGAGAUCCUUUGCUCGCACUCGGUGGCUACGUAUCGACGAGGAGAAAAAGUUUGUCAUGAUUACCCAUGCCCAUGUGCAGUUUUGCAAUACAAAAUUGUCGUGCUGAUGCGUAAGAAUGCACUUUACAUCAAGGAAAAGCUAUCUGUGAUGCCACUAAAGUUGAAGUUGUUGUAUUUCAUGCAAAACCAGCGGAAUCAAUCUGAUUCUGAAUCAAUUGCGACUGCGACGACCUUUUUUUUCUGUUUCCAUAUGAGGGCGUGCUCGUGUACUGGGUUCUCGUCUUUGUCUGCACCGCGGGGCUUCUGCUCGUUGUCGGAACGCGCAUGUAGAUGGGAACUGGAACAAGGUAGAGACGAACUCCGCGACCGGUCAAGGCCCCAUCAUUUCGAUUGGUGGCACUGAGUCUAGCGACUUCGACUUUCGGCGCUUGUUGAUUAAUUUCUAUUUCAUUUUUAUUCCUCAUCGCGUUCGCGCUUGACGAGAUUCGGAUUAAGAAGGAGAACUAUUUUUUUUCCGGCGCCGACUGUUGGAUGGACGGAGCUGCGGAUUGGGGAUGAUCGCAGGUUUCUGUAUAAUCGGUUGCUGCCUUUCCUCCAGUUGUGGUGCUGGAUGUGAUUAGUAUGAAAGCCACUGAAAAAGGUCUGUAACAAAAGGAAACAAGAAGAAGACGAGGAAAAUAGAAAUACUCCGAUGAGUAUCAGAGUAGCUGAUGUUCUUUGAUGCGUCAAUGUCAAAUAGAAGUAUGGCGCAGCUCCCCUUACUUUAUUUGGUUUAAUACAGAUUUUCUGGUGCGUCAAUCCAUUCGCCCUGUCAAAUAUCGCUAAUCCUAAU